AUGCCCUGGAUCCUGCUCAUACUGCUGCUAUUCGGGAACGCUGUGGAAAUGUUCGCCCUAAACCACAGCAAGAAACAAGUGGGGGCCGGGCUGAAGGAGAAUUGCACCGGUUGUUUGAUCUGCUCCGAGGAAAACGGCUGUUCCACCUGCCAGCCACGACUCUUUCUCCACAUCCGCCGAGACGGCAUCCGCCAGUACGGGAAGUGCGUCCACGACUGUCCCCAAGGCUACUUCGGCGUGCGCGGCCACGAGGUCAACAGGUGCAAAAAAUGCGGAUCCACCUGCGAGAGCUGUUUCAGCCAAGACUUCUGCAUUCGGUGCAAAAAAAGGUUUUUUUUGCACAAAGGGAAGUGUGCCCCCACCUGCCCACCAGGCACCAUUGCCCACCAGAGCACCUGGGAAUGCCAAGGUAAGCCAGAAGCUCUCCCACGAAAUACACCCCGCAUACAUCCUUUGGUGAACAAGCAACCUCCACCACCCCCACCACCCCUGCACACACAGGCACAAAUUGUGAACUAG